AUGGCGCGCCUCUUCUCCCCGAGGUGGAUUGUCGCCUGUGUGGUCCUCAUCUUCUCGACAAAUGUCUUUGCCGUCCAAGCUGUCCUUGGUGUGGACCUCGGAACUGAAUACAUAAAGGCUGCCCUCGUCAAGCCUGGCAUUCCCCUCGAAAUCGUUCUCACCAAAGACUCGAGGAGAAAGGAAACCUCUGCAGUCGCUUUCAAGCCCGAAUCUGGCGGUCCCAAAGCUGGCGCUUACCCCGAAAGACUCUAUGGCUCCGACGCCAUGGCCAUCUCUGCCAGAUUCCCCAGUGAUGUCUACCCGAAUCUGAAGACCCUCCUCGGUCUCCCUGUGGACGAUGCGACGGUCAAGGAGUAUCUCUCGAAGCACCCUGCACUUCAACCCGAGACCCACAAGCUACGAAACACAGUUGCAUUCAAGAGCAAGGCAUUCGCAGACAAUGAAGAUGCUUGGUUAGUGGAGGAAUUGCUGGCCAUGGAGCUCCAGAGCAUUCAGCGCAACGCCGAGACAUUGGCUGGCGCCGAUACAUCUGUUCGCUCGGUCGUCAUUACUGUCCCACCUUUCUAUACGAUCGAGGAGAAACGUGCCGUUCAGACGGCUGCCGAAUUGGUUGGGCUCAAGGUCUUGUCCCUCAUUAGCGAUGGUUUGGCUGUAGGCUUGAACUACGCCACAAGCCGACAAUUCCCAGUGAUCAAUGAAGGAGGCAAGCCCGAAUACCACAUGGUUUUCGACAUGGGAGCUGGCUCUACAAGUGCGACCGUCAUGAAGUUCCAGGGCCGCACCGUCAAAGACGUUGGCAAGUUCAACAAGACCGUUCAGGAGGUGCAGGUCCUUGGCAGUGGCUGGGACAGAACUCUCGGUGGAGACUCCCUCAACUACCUUAUUGUCGACGACAUGAUCUCGCAGUUUGUGGAGACGCCUGCCGCCAAGAAGGUUUCCGUUGCUGCUGAGAACGUCCAGGGCCAUGGACGGGCCAUGGCCAAGCUCGUCAAGGAUGCCGAGAAGGUCCGACACGUCCUUAGUGCAAAUCAAGAAACGGGAACUAGCUUUGAGGGUCUAUAUGACGACGUUGACUUCAAGUACAAGAUCUCAAGAGCUACCUUUGAGACAUUGGCCGAGGAACAUGCCACUAGAGUCGCCGCUACGGUGCAAAAGGCUCUAGAGGUAGCAGAGUUGGAUAUUAACCAGCUCGACUCCAUUGUUCUCCACGGAGGAGCUUCGAGAAUGCCGUUUGUGCAGAAGGCUUUGGAGAAGAUUGCCGGAAGCGAGAAACUCCGUAGCAACGUCAACUCUGAUGAGGCUGCUGUAUUUGGUGCUGGCUUCAGGGCUGCUGAUCUCAGCCCCAGCUUCCGUGUCAAGGAGAUUAGAAUCACAGACGGAUCAAACUACCCUGCUGGUUACAAGUGGACAGAUUCCAACGGAAAGACAAGACAUCAGCGUCUCUGGACCGAAAGAUCUCUGCUGGGCGCCGCAGCAAAGGAAAUCACACUGAACAACCAUGAAGACUUCACAGCUCAGUUCUACCAGCAAGUUCCCUCGGCAGAUGGCGUUGUGGACCAGGAUACAAAGACUCUUACCACCAAGAACCUCACAGCCUCUGUUACUCAACUCAAGGACACUCACCAAUGCGCUGAUUCUGAUAUUCACUUCAAGCUCAACCUCCGUCUUAGUGCCGAGGAUGGUGAAGUAGAGGUGGUCAAGGCUUCUGUCGAGUGUGAGGCUGAUGAAGUUGAAAAGGAAGGUUCGGUCAUUGACGGUGUCAAGAAUUUAUUUGGAUUUGGCAAGAAGGAACAGCAACCCCUUGGUGAGGGCGAAGAGAGCACUGAGAGCAGCGAAUCUGCCUCAACAACCGCUUCUACCGAUACGGCUACGACUUCAUCUGUGGAGUCGAGCUCGACAUCGACUGAGGCUGCAACGACGGCAUCAUCUGCCGACGCCGCCGAGGGCAGCGCUGUCACCAAGAAGACACUUGUUGUGAUCCCCGUGCAGUUCGCUCUCGAGAAGUCUGGCGUACCACAACUGCCCAAGGCCGAUAUGACAAAGGCCAAGGACCGCAUCAAGGCUUUCGAGGCUUCUGACAAGGCUCGUCGUGCAAGAGAGGAAUCGCUCAACCAAUUGGAAGGGUUCACUUACAAGGUCCGGGACCUCCUCGAGAGUGAGACUUUUGUCGCGGCUUCAACCGAUGCUGAGCGAUCUACUUUGGAGCAAAAGGCCAGCGCCGUGAGUGAUUGGCUUUAUGAAGAUGGUGCUGAUGCCCCCCGAGAUGAGCUCAAGGCUCGCCUAAAGGAGCUGAAGGACAUUGUGACACCAGUGGAGAAGAGAAUCACGGAGAACGCAGAGCGGCCAGAGCUAGUCAAGUCACUUCGCGACUCCUUGGACCAGACGGCUACAUUCAUUGACAGCAUUAAGAAGAAGAUUGCCGAGGCUGAAGCUUUCAGCGCCUCGGCCAGCUCGAGCACAACUACUUCUGCCGAGUCGACCAUUACCGAGGCGGCUUCGGCCACUCCUGGAGACUUUGAUGGUUUGGAGGAUGACGACUUUACUUCUUCCACCACUACUACGACUGCGGCCGUCGACGACCGUGGACCCGUCCCUCCCCUGUAUACACUCAACGACCUGAAGGAAAUCACCGAACUUUCCGAGUCUACCUUUAAGUGGUUGGAGCAGAAGUUGGUUGAGCAAGCCAAACUAGGCGAGAAUGCCGACCCAGUUCUGCUCGUCAAGGAUAUCGCGGAGAGGACGAAGAAGUUGGAAAAGGCCGGCAUGGAUCUCGCCAUGAAGGCUGUGAACAACUUUGACUCCAAGAAGGGCAAGAAGAGCAGCACAAAGAAGAACACAAAGACCAAGAAGUCGUCCUCUACCAAGACUGGAGGCGCCAAUGCUAAGCAAACCCCUGAUAUCAGGGCCGAAGAUGGUUACAUUAGAUUUGGAGACAGCAACGAAAAACCGACACCCGAGCAGCUCGAGGAGCUGCUCAAAAGGUUUACUCAGGACGUCCCAGAGAAGGAAGUGGAAAAAGAAGAGACGCAUAAGCGGGAUGAGCUCUGA